AUGGCUUCGUCGGUCCCUCGAGGCUUGCCGAAGCUGAGGGUGGCUGCGUGCCACAUCGCAUCUCGGACCUUGUCUGCUGAAGAGUCUACGCACAAGACCAUCGACUUCAUCAAGACCGCCGCCAACAAUUCGGCAAACCUGGUGGUUUUCCCAGAGGCUUCCAUACCUGGAUUCCCUGUGUGGUCAUCGAUCCUUCCCCCCACUCAAACGCAUCACUUCUUUCACCGUCUGGCAACCGAAUCGUUGGACGUCCGGGGCGAAGAAAUCUCGGCUAUUCGAGAGACGGCCUUCAGGCAUCGCGUGACCGUUAGCCUAGGGAUAUCAGAAAGAGUCCACUACAGCUCUGCAACGCUCUUCAAUACAAACUUGAUCAUUGGUGAAGAUGGGAACAUCCUGGUCCAUCACCGCAAACUGAUGCCUACAUUCUUUGAAAAGUUGAGUUGGUCGCCAGGAGAUGGAUUCGGUCUACGAAUCGCUCACACUAAAUAUGGCAAAAUUGGAGCGUUGAUCUGUGGCGAAAACACCAAUCCCCUGGCGAGAUAUACUCUCAUGGCCCAAGGUGAACAAGUCCAUAUCUCCACAUGGCCAGCAAUAUGGCCCACUAGAGCUACGAGCAAGGGGAGCUCGACGGACCAGAGACAUAGCAACUAUGACAACAUAGCGGCCAAUCACACUAGAGCAGCAGCUCAUUGCUUUGAGGCGAAAUGCUUUGGAAUCAUGUGCGCCGGACAUCUUGGUGAGCAGGGAAUGGAAGAGAUUGCCCAAAUGACCGGGAGACCGGAUGAGGUGAAGAAGAUGCUCACGACCUACCCAAGAGCUGCCACUCAAUUCCUCGAUCCAACCGGCAAAACGGUUAUGGGCGCUGUUGUUGACGUAGCAACUGGCAAGUGGUCCGAGAAGAAGAUGUUGCAAGACGAGGAGGGUAUCCUGUAUGCAACGCUCGAUUUGACCGAGUGCGUCGAGGGCAAGCAAUAUCACGACGUGGUUGGGGGUUAUCAAAGGCUGGAUGUGUUCUCUCUGCAAGUAGAUCGUUCGAGGCAAUACCCCUUGUCAUUCACAAAUGAUUCCGAAAUUCAAGAGACUGAACCCACCGGAACCGGGGGCGCAUCCAAUUCCGGUGGAAAGGGCUGA